AUGCCUGGAUUUUAUCCCUCGUUGGCGCAAUGCGCCCUGGUGGCGGCGGCCUUUAAAGUCCUUCUGUUUCCUGCAUACAAAUCGACCGACUUCGAAGUACACCGCAACUGGCUCGCAAUUACUAACUCUCUUCCUGUGCAAGAAUGGUACUACGAGAAAACUUCCGAAUGGACUCUCGAUUACCCUCCGUUCUUCGCUGCGUUCGAAUGGGCUCUGUCGCAAAUCGCAUAUUAUGCCGAUCCCGCAAUGCUGGUCGUGAAUAACCUCAACUAUGACUCUUGGCAAACUAUCUACUUUCAACGUGCAACCGUUAUCGUUACCGAGUUGGUGUUGGCAAUUGCCCUGAACCAAUAUGUCAAGGCCGUUCCCAGCUCCAGCAGACACCUUGCCCACAUCGCAAGUCUCUCAAUCCUCCUCUCUCCGGGCCUGCUUAUUAUCGACCAUAUUCACUUCCAAUACAAUGGCUUCCUGUACGGAAUUCUGAUACUCUCCAUGGUAUGGGCGAGAAAGCAGUCAACUAUGCUCUACAGUGCAAUUGCGUUUGCAGCACUGUUGUGUUUGAAGCACAUCUACCUCUACCUCUCGCUAGCCUGGUUCGUCUACCUCCUGAGAGUAUAUUGUUUGGAUCCGAAAUCGGUGCUGCGCCCCCGUUUCGGAAAUACAAUCAAGUUGGGAAUUGCCGUUAUAACUGUUUUCGGACUCGCAUUUGGUCCUUUUGCCUACUGGGAUCAACUGUUCCAGUUGAAAGACCGACUCUUCCCAUUUUCUCGUGGUCUCACACAUGCCUAUUGGGCUCCCAACAUAUGGGCGCUGUAUGCUUUUGCAGACCGUGUUUUGAUUCCAGUUGCUCCACGACUGGGGUUGCCCGUCGAUUACGAAGCCGUACGUAGCGUGACUCGUGGCUUGGUAGGAGAUACGUCAUUCACGGUGUUGCCAGAAGUUACAAAGGAACAAACCUUUGCUCUUACCUUUAUAUUCCAGCUGCUUUGCCUCGUCAAACUCUGGUUGCGUCCUACUUGGGAUACUUUUGUAGGAGCGGUUACUCUGUGUGGAUAUGCCUCCUUUUUGUUUGGCUGGCACGUGCACGAAAAGGCCGUCCUCCUCAUUAUCAUUCCCUUCAGUCUGAUCGCACUCAAGGAUCGUCGAUACCUCGGUGCCUUCCGGCCAUUGGCAGUUGCCGGACACGUGUCUUUAUUCCCUCUUCUCUUCACAGCAACCGAAUUUCCACUCAAAACAGCCUAUACGAUCUUCUGGCUCAUACUAUUCCUGUUUGUAUUUGAUCGAGUGGCACCCGUUCCGGAGCGACCGCGAGUGUUUCUCUUUGACCGAUUUUCAUUCCUGUAUAUUACUAUCAGUAUCCCAUUGAUACUGUAUUGCUCAUUCAUUCAUCAGAUUGUAUUUGGUCUGAACCGAUACGAGUUUGUGCCGCUCAUGUUUAUGAGCGCGUAUUCAGCGGUGGGUAUUGUGGGGAGCUGGCUCGGAUUUAUGGUAGUAUAUUUUACUAGCUAG